AUGGGAUGCCCACUUGGGCCGCCAGAGGAUCACUUGGAUAGAGGAACAACAUUUUGGCCGUCAUUGCAAUUGAAGGAAUCGUCCCAGUUGCUACUUUGGGGAUCGAAUUAUGAGACAAUUGAGCAGCAAUUGGAUCAAUUAAUUGUGUACCCACAGUCGUCUAAAUUUUUACGGGGAGACCAAUAUGCCAUUGCAUUAGCAUUGUUAGAUGAAGGGAAAGUUGUCUUGGGAGUAUUGGCCUGCCCAAAUCUUCCUUUAGCUGCAGUUGCCAGCCAUAAUCAGCUCAUUUCUAAAGAUGAUGUUGGUUGUCUUUUUUAUGCCCACGUUGGUACUGGAACCUAUAUGCACAGUCUAGAUGGCUCCAAGUCAACAAAGGUACAUGUUUCUGCAACUGAAAACCCUGAAGAAGCAUCAUUCUUCGAAUCUUUUGAAGCAGCACAUUCGAUGCAUGACUUAUCUGGUUUGAUAGCCAAAAAACUCGGUGUUAAAGCACCUCCAGUUAGAAUAGACAGCCAAGCAAAGUAUGGGGCUUUGUCUAGAGGAGACGGAGCAAUAUACCUGCGUUUCCCUCACAAAGGAUACCGAGAAAAGAUAUGGGACCAUGCAGCUGGAUACAUAGUAGUUGCAGAAGCUGGAGGUGUGGCCACCGAUGCUGCUGGAAAUCCUUUGGACUUCUCAAGGGGAAGGUAUCUCGACAUGGACACUGGCAUAAUAGUUACAAAUCAGAAGUUGAUGCCGGCUCUCUUGAAGGCUGUUCAGGAGUCUCUAAAGGAGAAAGCUUCGUCCUUGUGAUUCGAGUUUUAAAUGAGGUGUUAACUGCUCAAUAGUAUUUGCAACGCAAUUGGGACAAUUCAUUUUGCAGUUGUAACUGAGGGCAUAGUUUGCACAACUUCUUUAUCUCGUUCUUACUGUUAGUUUAUUUUUGAAUAACAAUGAUGUUCCUGAAUGGUUGCAAAUCAACUCAGUCAUCUCUGUUCUGAAUUACAUUAUACUUACCCUUUAUCAAAUUGUCUACAAAGAAUCUUGACCAUUAAA